UUUAGAAAAGACAGUUAAAGUUAAAGCAAAGUCAAAAUAAAAAGAUGUUUGCAGCAGGGUUUAAUACACAGAAGUUAAAAACCAGUUUAAGGCUGUCCAUCAAUAGAUUAAAGCUUAUGGAAAAGAAAAAAAGUAACUGAAAUGGCUAUGAAAGCUAGGAAAGAAAUCUCAGAUUUUUUGCAGAUGAAUAAAUAUGACAGAGCUAGGAUAAGGGUUGAGCAUAUUAUUCGUGAGGAUUACUUAGUUGAAGCAAUGGAACUUAUUGAGAUGUACUGUGAUUUAUUAUUGGCUCGAUUUGGACUUAUCGAAACAAUGAAAUUUUGUGAUGAAGGUUUAGUUGAAGCUGUUUCAACUAUUAUGUGGGCAGCUCCUCGUCUAACUGCUGACUGUCAAGAACUAAAGACGGUUUCUGAUCAACUAGCACUAAAAUAUGGUAAAGAAUUUGGUCAGCAAGCACGAUCUAACGCUAACAACACUGUUAAUGAGAGACUUAUUCAUAAGCUAAGUCCUGAUCCACCACCAAAGAUUUUAGUUGAGCGAUAUCUUAUUGAGAUUGCAAAAAACUAUAAUGUGAACUUUGAACCAGAUGCUGAAGUUAUGAUGAGUGAAGGUGUUCCAUCUAUCAAUUCAAAAGAGUUUGAUAUAAUUGCUUCUGGACCAGUUGAUAUUGGGUUUAGUCAUUACAAUCCUCCUCCACCAGACUUUAGUUCCUCAGGAGGUGGAUCAAGUAUUGGAAAAGGAAGUAUCAAUCCUAUAUAUCCACCAAAUCCUGUAUCUUCUUAUCCUCCAGAUAUACCCCCAUAUUCAGAGCGUAAUCCAUACCCGCCUCCGGCUGGCACAAAUAUACCUGGGUACGCUGGUCCUGGUUAUGUUGCACCUGGUUUUAAUAAAAAUCCUGUGCAACCAAACAAUCCAUCUUUUGGAUUUAGUAGUAUACCGAAUCUUCCUGAUAUACCACGAGGAAAUCUAUCCUCUAAUCAAAGUACUAAUAGCGAUGAUGUAGAUUUUGACGAUUUAACAAAGAGAUUUGAAGACUUAAAGAAAAAGAAAUAAAAUUAUUUACUUAAACAACUAUCCAUCUUUAAAUAUUUAAUUCCAUUCCCAAUUCCUUUACUAUCAGUGUAGUGUAACGUAACGGCUCUAAUAGCAAAAUGAUUUAUUAUUUACUUUUUCAUAUAUUUU